AUGGGUUUUCACGAUACACAAGGUUUGUCUUGUGAGCGCGGGAAAAGUUCUCCAUUGUUGGACUCACAAACAACCUUACCGUGCUCUAAACAGCCUACGCUCAUUUUGAACGUAAGCAAUACAAGCGCUACUUGUGGUUCACCUGCAGCUACUACGGCGAAGCCGCACGGUCUAAAGCGCGCGCCAGGCGCUAUACCCACUUGCGCGCCAUGUAAUAAGAAUCGUAAAUUUGAGAUAGAGGAGAGCAGCUGCAAGGCACACACAGAUGCUAAGAGCAAAAGGCGUCGCUUGAGCCUUGGAAGUAGCAAUCGCAGUGCAGCACUAUCGCGAUUAAACACUGCAUCUGCCGAACAAAUUCGGCAACAUUUGCAUGACGUACGUCGCGAGCUCUUUUUGCGACCAAUGCUCGCCAUCGUGUCGAAGCUAAUGUUUCACAAGAUGAAUCAUGGGUUUUUUAAUGAGCGGGUUGAUCCAGUAGCGUGGAAUAUUCCACACUAUUUCGAGGUGGUUAAGCACCCCAUGGAUCUUGCAAUUGUAAAAACCAAAUGCUUGAACCUUGAAUUUGCCACGGCGGACGAAUGCGCAGACAGCAUUCGCCUUGUUUUUAAUAAUGCAUGUUUGUUUAAUCCACCUGGUCACAUUGUUCAUGAGUCAGCAGCCGCUUUGCUGAAGGAUUUUGAAGCUGAAUACGCCAAAUACAAGGCCAAGACAGAUGCGAUGGCCAAACGCCGCAAUGAACACUCGUGUCCUUAUUGUCUCGAUAACGUGUGUGGUAUUUGCAACGAAAAAUGCAUUAAUUUCGAACCGCCAUUUGUCAUGUGCUCGGGUGCAUGCCGUCAGCGAAUUAAGCGUCAUGCUGUGUAUUACAAGAGUCCUGAUGGUCAGUACCAUUGGUGCUCCAAGUGCUACACCUUUUUGCCGAAAGUACUCUGUCUGAAGUCCCGAGUUAGUUCUAGUAAUGAUCAGGAAGAAACAGCUAUAGUGACGGAGUACACGGUGUCAAAGUACGCGCUGCUAAAGUCAAAGUUCACGGACGAGCUUACGGAGCCUUGGGUUCAGUGCGACUUUUGCAAUGGCUGGGUACAUCAGAUCUGUGCAUUGUUUAAUGCUUGCGAGAACGCUGACGAAGACAAUGAAGUGCUGUACAUAUGUCCGCUUUGUCGCCUUAAAGAACUCGAUGCUAAUAGAAAGAAUGAUGAACUGGGGAUGUCUCCGAUAGAAACAUCCGUCGAGGAUUUUCCCACUGAAGUAUCGGAAGAUUUACAAAGGUCUCCCAGAUCGGUAUUUAAACGUCGCUCGUAUGUAAAUGGACUCACGCGAGCGCUAGGUUUCGAUAAGAAGGUUGGGGAUCAGGUGCUUGAUUUUAUGACUCAAGGAGAUAUAAAAGCCGUAGAUUAUUGCAAUGUGACAAGGUUUGUGAAAAGUGAAGACUUGCAAUCUUGUGAUUUGUCACGAUUUAUGCAGAGAUGGGUGCAGCAACACUUGAAGAAAAUUGGGGAACACGAAGCUGGACAUACUAUUGUUGUCAAAGUUGUGUCCUCUAUCAAAAGUUCUUGCCAUGUUAGUGCAGUCGUGCGCGAUCACUUUCGGUCUGCAUCUCAAGAGUACCCACAAUGCAUCGACUAUACGUCGAAGGUUAUCUUUGUUUUCCAGAUGAUCAACGGUGUCGAAGUUUGCAUCUUUUCGAUGUAUGUCCAAGAGUACGAUAAGCAUUGUCUAUUGCCCGCAAACCGCAACCGGACGUAUAUUGCGUAUCUUGAUAGUUUGGUGUACAUGCGUCCACGACAUAUACGUACUAGCUUAUAUCAUCAGAUCCUCAUCUCGUAUCUAGCUGCUUGCAAAGCGAAGGGUUACGAGUAUGCGCACAUUUGGGCAUGUCCCACAACGCGUGGAGGUGACUUUAUCUACUGGUGCCAUCCUUCUUUUCAAAAGAACCCUGGCAAAGAACGCCUUCUACAGUGGUAUUUAACUAUGGUAAGAAAAGCAAAAGAGCUGGGCAUUGUGUUUGCAUGCGACGACCUGUUUACUCGCGAGUUUAAGUCGCUGGAAAAAACUUUAGAUCUGCAGCUUCCCCCGCUCUUUGACGGCGAUUUUUGGCCGAGCGAAGCCGAGCGACUUGGCGAAUCACCGUCCAAAAGAGGGAGGAAGGAAUCAAAUAGUGCAAGUGCGAGCAGUGCAGUAUUUCGCAAGCGGGUUGGCGAGUCGGUGAAAGCAGCUUGUGAUUCGCUGUUCGUCAUAGCCUUGCAACCCACAUGCGUCGCUUGUAAGCAGCUAAUUAUUAAUGCUGCAUAUUGGCGCGUGAAAAAUAUAGAGGCUUUGGACAUUUACUACUGUCACCAGUGCCUGGCGGAGGCAAAGAUGUCCGGUAUUGAACAGGAGUCAGUGAUUACUGAAGUAUCUCCACCCGACUUCUGUUUGAAUAGCAAGAUGGAGGAGGUGACCUUAUCCUGCUCAUUUCUCGACCACCGCUCCAGCAUGCUUAAAAAUUGCGAAGAAUACCACUACCAAUUUGACAGCUUUCGACGUGCAAAGUACUCUACGAUGAUGCUUGUCUAUCAGAUCUACUCAUCGCAGCGCUCUGCUUUAUGA